CUUAUUUGUUCAAAUUUAUAACUUUAGUUUCUUUAUUGGUGAAUGCAGCUGCGGGUUUGGGAAACUAUGUGGAGGCACUUGUGCGGAAACACGAUGUUGAAUUCAAUGUCAUUGUUACCCAAAUGAAUGGUGUAGAUCAACCAUCAGAAUCCAUUCAUGUACUACAUGUAGGAAAGAUGAGGAUGAAGCUACGUAAAGUAAAGACUGCAAUUGCUAAAGAAUAUUAUUCCAGCGCAAUGCAGCUCUGUGGAGUCCGAGGUGGCGGAAACGCAGCCGCUCAGGCAUUGUUUUGGCUAGCAAAGAAAGGAUUUUCGGUUGUAUUAGCAUUUGAAUCAGAGAGAGAUCGAAAUGCAGCCAUCAUGCUUGCCCGGAGAUUUGCUUUUGACUGCAAUAUCAUGCUUGCCGGUCCAGACGAUAGAACUUCAUUAGAAACCUAACAGACCUCCUCCCGGGUUUUACUAAUUGUAAGUAUGUCGAGCUUUUAACGAUUAUCAUGUACCAUAAGUUUGUACUAGUAGGACAUGAUUGUUUUGAUUCUGCAUUGGUGUUUUUCACCCUUUUUUCCGCUUAAAAUUACCAAGGCAUUGUUUUUUUUUUGUUGUUGUUGUUGUUGUUGUUGUUGUUGUUUGCCUUUUGUAUCGAUUUAAAUCUAUUUAGGACAAACAAUGUCUGAAUGUCGAUGUCGGUGUUUGGACCAUGCCUGACUCGAGUUUUUCCUCAGGUUCUAUGUAUUCCCUGUUUGCCAUGACAACGAUGUUAUGUAUAUUAUUGCACCACAUUGUUAGGUUUUUUCUAUGUACCACCAUUGAGAUAUCUUCUUACCGAACGAAUAUCAAACUUAAUGUCAUUUUUACGGAUAGAUAGUUGUUUGUAUGAACCAAUUGAUUUAAA